AUGUCCUCCCCAUUACGGCAAGAAGAAACAGCAGAUGGCCAGGACAAACCCAAGCCGUUCUCUGUGUCCUUGUCAUCUUCGUCGACGAAUGGCGCCAAGAAGACGUCAUUUAAUCUGCAAUCGUCAUCAUGCUCCUCGAACAGCACGCCCGGGUUACCCCGCCGUCCUCACGACCUUCACGAUCAUGACGAGUCAGACGAAGAUGAACACGCCCCCGAGUUCGAAGCCGUGACAGGAUUUGACACCAGCGCUGGCGGCGCCAUCCGUGCGGAUGGAGGAGCCGCGAACGGCGCGAAGCGGGAGUUGGUGAUCAAGGUGGAGAGCAAGAAUAACUGGCGGGAUCGUCCCGGGGUCAACAUCCGCAGGCCGAAAGGCAAGAAUCUGCUUCCAAAGGAGGUGCAGGCUCUGCAGCAGGCAGAGCGGGAAGGACAGGCAGUUGGAACCAUGGAGACUGAAGGACCGAGUAUGACGUAUGGACUCGUCUACGCGCAGCCGCGGGCGGCUGGUGCUGAUGAUGGCGGUGAGAAGCCUAUGGAGCAGAAUGCUGGCGAUGUGAAUAUGGUGGAUGCACAUACUGCUGCCGACGACGAACAGACGCAGGACGAAAUCGCCCUGCAGGCUCUUAUUCGUGACAGCAAGGGAGACGGAGAAGGGAGGAGGUCCAAUCUAGUCAUCGAGUCCUCGAAAGGAGACGACGAUGAUGACUAUGAGGUACGAUAUGAUGAGACGAGCUCAUUUCGUGCAGACGUUGCAACUCGUCCCGAUCCUGCCAGCUUGGAGGCCUACGAUGCAAUCCCGGUUGAGGAAUUUGGCGCCGCCCUGCUCCGAGGUAUGGGGUGGAAGGAAGGCCAGCCGAUCGGGAGGGGAAGAUAUGGCGACUCUACCAACACUAUAAAACCUCGCAUUCCUGAAAAACGGCCAGGAUUUCUAGGGAUAGGUGCCAAAGACCUAUCGGGAGGCAAGGGGGCGGAAGCAGAGAUUGGUGCAUGGGGAAAGGCAGCGAUACGCAAGUCCUCGAAGAAGAAUGCCAGUGCUGAGGGUGGCGGGAGCACUGAUGGAAUCUACAUGCCUGUCUUAAUGAGGAGUAAGAAGACGGGCGAGUACAUUACGGAGGAUGAGUUCAAGGCACGCCAGAAGGAGGCCAAGAACCGACAAGAGGAGGAAUGGAGGGAGCGCCGGGAUCGAAACUUAGAGAAGAGUAGACGUGACCGUGAUCGUGACCGUGAUCGUGACCGUGAUCGCGAUCGCGAUCGCAGGCGCGAUUACUACGAUGAUAGCGAGGAGGAUAGGGAUCGCCGUGAAAGACGACGAAAUGAGUCCUCUCGACGAGACAGGAGUCGUUCAUCAGGAGAUCGGGAUCGACGGAGCCGUCGAUACGAAGAUGACGAUGGAAGCGGACGGGAUGAUCGCUACUAUCGCGACCGUGAACGUGAGAAAGACAGAGACAGGGAUAGGGAUAGAGAUAGGGAUCGAGACCGAGAUCGAGAUAGGGACAGGAAGUACAGGGAUAGUCAUCGUUCUCGAGAUGACGACCGAUACGGUUCCCGGCAUUCUUCCUCGACACCCUCAAGACGGGACUGGGAUCGGGAUCGUGACCGUGAUCGCGACCGCAGAGACCGCGACCGAGAUCGAGAUCGAGACCGCGACUCAUAUCGGAGGAGAGACGAUCGAUAA